GCAGCAGCGAUGGCGAGCCCAUGGGGCAGCCCCUCGAGCAGCCUGUGGGUCACGCUGGGUCAGGCCUCCAACGUGGCGCAGCUAGUCGGCGUGGACGCGCUCGGGCUAAUCUCCAUGGUCGUGCAGGCCGCCCUGGCUGCGCGCCGCCACCGGGACGCCUGCAUGCAGCUCGCGCAGCACGUCGAGCUCGUCGGCGGCUUGCUGAAGGAGCUGGAGCUCGCCGAUCUGAUGCGGCGGGAGGCCACCAGGCGGCCGCUGGAGCAGCUCCGCGGCGCGCUGCGGCGGUGCUACGCGCUCGUGACCGCGUGCCAGGACUGCAGCUACCUCCGCCGCCUGCUCCUCGGCGCACGGAUGGGCAACGAGCUCCGCGCCGCGCAGCACGAGAUCGAUAUGUUCAUCCGCCUCAUCCCGCUCAUCGCCCUCGUCGACAAUUCUACAAACACUCAUCGUAUCCAGGAAGCUGCGGAGCAGGUCGACGGUAUAUUCAUAGAAGGUUCAAACCACCGUGUCAGGUUUGCAGCAAGAGUUUUAGAUAUUACUGAGAUACGUGUCCAAGGAGCUCGCAAACUCUGCAAUGUUCGGGAACAUCCGUCACUAGGAAUUGUAGGCACGCAAGAACAGAAAACCCUCGACAACAAAGAACUAGUGAAGCUUUGUAUGCUCACGGUAGAAAAUUACCCAGGAUUCACAGAGUUCAGCUACUUUCAAAUCAUGGAUGCUACAGAUAAUUUCUCAGAGAAGAGAUAUCUUGGGUCUGGUGGAUUUGCAACAGCAUACAAGGGUCAGUUGCCCCAAGGAUUUGUGGUUGGCAUCAAAAGAUUCGAUCACCGUGCAACAUUAUCUGAUUUCAGCAAUGAAUUGCAGCUUGCUAGGCUUCAGUAUACCAAUAUAAUAAGGUUACUGGGGUGGUGCAUCCAUGGAAAAGAAAGGAUUCUGAUCUACAAGUUCAUGCAGAAUGGUUCCUUGGACCGUCACAUAUUUGCGAAAACACUGUGUUCAGACAUAACAGAAGAGCACACAAGCAGGGUGGUGGCCACUAGUGGUUACAUUGCUCCAGAGUAUGCAUCUCGAGGAGUUUACUCACUGAAGACAGAUGUCUUCAGCUUUGGCAUCUUGGUUCUGGAGACCAUUAGCGGACGAAAGAACACUGUACUCGACAAGCGAGGGGAUACUGUUGGCGAUCUUGUACGAGAUGCCUGGCAUAUGUGGAAGGACCAAAGGUUGCGUGAGCUUGUGGAUCCGUCUCUAGGGAACGGAUACGACAUCGCCGAGAUAACGCGAUGUGCUCAGGUGGCACUGCUCUGUUCUCAGGAAGAUCCAGCAGAUCGGCCCACCAUGACUGACAUAGCUGCAAUGCUGAGCUCUGAAAGCAUGAGGCUACCAGUGGAGCCUAAGCGGCCUUACGUGCUGAGUGAAGGGGGUGCUGGUGAAGAUACAUACAUAAACCAAUCAAGCCGGACAAUAGACAUAACCAUAACGAGUUCAGCCACAGUGCUGACUAGAGUUCGAAUCAUCGUAGACCCGGAGGUUUGAUGUGACGAAAAAUGUCCAAUGCCAUAUAUAGCUGGAAGAUGUCGAAGGAUCAUGGAGCUUUCCUCGUCCA